UACGCAGUAGUGCACUAUAAAGCAUCGGUGUCAAUUUCUUCACCGUUCAAAACGUUAAGAGAAUUUUGUCUCGUGCUUUUCGAAGAAGGUGAGACCAAAAAUUCUGUCUUAACGAAAUGAAUAAAGCCGAAUGUAAAGCAGAAUUUGGAAUAGAAAAACACGACUUUAUUUUUCUCCUCGAAAAUCUUCGAAUUCCCACAAUGUGCCGACGACCUGUAGCCGGUAGCAAACGCUCCGAAUAAUUUAUGCGAAUGCCUUGUGCUUAGGUUUAACGUUAGCAGGCUAAAUCCCUUGCUUACAAAGCUGUUACUCUUAGUCAAGAAAUAUUAGAAAUAUACAUUUUUUUGCUGUGGUUUGUCUUAUAACACUUGGUAUACAAAGCUUUAAACAUAGUCUCUGCCCGUUGUUUGUUAUAUAAUUUUAAUUUUCUUUUUUACAUGCAUCUCUGUAACAGCAUGUUGCCUGCUUUACCUGUCCAUUACUAAUGACUAAUGGAUUCCAGGGCUGUGUCGGCGUUGUUCGUGCGACCAAGUUUGUUGACUUGGUUUCGCGAUUCUUGAGCAGGGUUUUAAUUGUUUCUUGGUAAUAAUAUCGGCCCGCGUAUUUUCAUUAUUGUCCUAGCAUGGGUAUCGCUGCAUCACUUUGUUUUCCGCGUCUUCCCCUUCCAAGAAAAUGAUAAAUAUUUUAUUAAUUCUUGAUUAAGUUGCCAAGUAACGAGGAGUUUUUUAACAGACAAGAUGUCGUUCGUCUCUAUGACUUUUCUUUUCCUUUUAAAUGCGAUGUAUAUGGGACAGUUUGGCCUGGUUUUAGGCCAAACCACGUGCACUUCAAAUUCUAAUUGUGUGAGCAGCUAUUCCAUUUGCUGUAAAGGAUAUGUCCAUCAAGGAUAUGGAUAUACUAGUAGCAAAUGCCGCUAUGGAAGUAAUUGCGUCGGUCGCUAUUGCACAACAGACGGUGAUUGCGGAGGCAAAAACGAAUGCUGUAAAUCAAACAAGUGUACCACGUCAGGCUGUAGCAAUUGUAACUCUAAUUACAACUGCGCUUUAUUCGAGUAUUGUUGUAAACAGCGAUAUUAUUACGAUAAACAUGUUUGCAGACGAAGCUGCGUUGGGGAGACAUGCCAUUCCAAUUCAGACUGCGGUGGUUUGUCAGAGUAUUGUAACUCGAACAAAAAAUGUGCCUUGCCGUGUUCAUCGAAUUCUGGAUGCUCCGGUUCGACGUAUUGUUGUAAGCGAGGAAGCUACACUAAUGUUUGUCAAAGCAGCUGUGUUGGGGAGACGUGCUCUUACGACAGUGAUUGUGGAGGGCCAGGGGAGAGUUGUCGUUUCUACAAAUGUAAGAAAUCGUCAACAACAACGUGUUCAUCGAAUUUAGGAUGCUCCGGUUCGACGUAUUGUUGUAAGCGAGGAAUCUACACUAAUGUUUGUCAAAGCAGUUGUGUCGGGGAGACAUGCUACUCGGACAGUGAUUGUGGAGGGCCAGGAGAGAGUUGUCGUUCCUACAAAUGUAAGAAAUCGUCAACAACAACUGCAUCCUGGGUUGUCCCGGUGAUCGUGGUAGGUGUGAUACUGUUCAUUAUCGUGUUUGCUGUGAUUCCCGCAUAUCGUUGUUACCGUGGCUCAUCCCAACGUGGACGGGUCGUGAGACAACGGGUUCCCCAGAACGCAAUUGCCAUUGUUGCUGUCGAAAAUACUCAAGUUCAAACCAGCGCUCCACCACCGCCAGUCUGCAAUGCUCCCCCUCCUCCUUACUACAACCAGGGAGGAUACUGUCCAUCUUCGCAGCCCAACCAGUUUCCCCCGCCUCCCCCGAAGUACUAGCCGUGGUAAUUGUUUAACAGUUUGACGGAAGGAAGGCUUUAUUCAGACUAUAUAUACGAGUUAGAUAGCAUACUAAAGCACUGUGAUUAAAGUAAAGUAGAAACUGUAUUUAGAAACUAUACCAGGCCUUUGUAUUUGGCCUCUGCAUGAUUUCGUCAUUAAUAUUUAAUCUCUAUAGCUAAGUAUAGCAGUGGGCGUACCAGUCUGACAUUUACUUGCCCUGUUUAUGCUAUUUCGAAUUCGCAUCGUCACGACAUCAAAAUUAGCCAUGUCAGAGCGAGUUUUAUCGCCAAAAGUAUGAUGGCAUGAUUGCUUUAACUUGAUCUGCUAUAUGAAAAACGUUCUGGGGACAGAGAUACAGUAAAACAACUUAAACUGAUGUCGUGACUGAUGUCAUGUAAAUCCGGUAUAGUGUGAAUGGGGUCUUAGUUCUGCUAUGCAAAUUUCACCUCUUAGGAUGAUCGAUUCUUUAGAAAUUCAUUGUUUCCACAGUCAAUGAACACCAAAAUAAUCGUUAGCAAAGCAGGAGUGAAUUGUCAGGCUGGCUACGCUAGUGAAUAUUAUACGUAUAGUUCAAUGUUAAGAAAUAAAAUAAUAUCGCGUUUACUAAGAUUCUUCUAGUUUGUCAUCAUUACUAUUAGUUCGCUUUGUAGUGUUUUUUGUUCGACUUAAAUAGAUUUCUGCAUACAAAGAAGCAAAUCUUGUAUAAUUUAGCAUUAAAUUUUAUGACAACG